ACAUUUGGCACCUUAGCUAUUACUUAUACAAUUACAUCCAGGGGUCAUGUAUAGUUGUUAUAACAUUUUCGUUAAUUCCUUAAAGAAUUAUAUGAGAUGAUUCAAAGGCUUUUUCUGACAAUAUUGAUUGAUAAUCUUCUCUUACAUCUAGGUGAAGACAAUGUUGACCUGUUAUUAGAGAUUCUCACGGAAUGUUCUGGUCUUCAAAAAUCAAACUCCCAGUCAUCAGAUUCUCUAGAUAGCUUGUUUGAUGACAAGGAUGCAAGCAAUCCUCCAGAAUAUUCCACAUUUGUUGAACCAAAAGAGGUAACAAGCUGGGAUCUUAUUAUGUUUAUGCCAAAUCACUUGUUUUCCAGUUCUAACUUGAAGAUAUAUGAUGAGUAUUUGAGGCUAAAUCCUCAGGAUCUGUCCAAAUGUAUGGAGGUUCUUCCAGUCUGCUCAAUUAUUAUUGAUCAAGUCUUCUGUCAGUACCUCCUCCUCCCAAUUUAUCUGCAGCUGUAAAAGCGUUUAACCUUGACAAUAUGAUUAUUUCCAGCUGGUGCAUCUUUUUAUUUGGAUUUUUUUCCCAAUUGUUUGUUGCAUCAAGCAUAAAUUUUUUUGAUUUAUGGAUAUAUUUUGCACAUCAGGAAUCAUGGUCUGGAUAAUUGUAAGCUUUUGAAAAUUAGUCAUUAUCUUAUUCUAAUAUCUCUUUUGCUGGAUGAGCUAUGCUUUAAUGGUUGAAAUUCCAUGCACUUACAUUUAUCCAUGACUUUUUGUUCACACGAAGUUUGGUUUCUUUGCUGUGAACUUGUGGAAAACAUUGAUUUGAAAUUCAGCUGGAUGAUUGUGUCUCAUGGUGAUUUCAUACCAUAGUUUAGUAGGAGAUUUAAUACUUCAUUGGAUUUUGUUAAAUCUUUGAUCUUUUGCAGGAGCCAGAUUUAUCUGGGAUUUAUGAUGACAAAAGAUCAUCUUUAUUAAAGAUGAAUUUCUCUGUAGAGGAGGUUGAUUUUGCAAUGGAAAAGCUCGGUACAUAAACGUAUAUUUUUGGCAGCUUUUUGUGCGUGAAUGCCAGAGAACACUUUGACUUU